CUCACUCCAUCCAGUGCCGCAGCCGGAAAACCGCAGCAGCGGCGGCAGCGGCUAAGGGGGAAUGACCAGGAGGCAAAAGAGGAAAAACAUACAGGGGCGUAAUUGAUAAGGCAGGAACUGAGGGCUUGGGAUUCACUGCCUCUCCCACGCCGUCAACAGGGAGGAAAACCCGGGACGCUGCGGCAGCCUCCGGCGGCAGGAGGAAGAGGAGACGGAGACGGGAGGGGAUCGCAGAGAGGGCCGCCGCCGGCCUGGGAGCCGCAGUGAUUUUGACGUUUUCCGCUGCUUCGUCUGCUGCCGUCCCGGCGGCCGGGCUGCGCUGCCACCCCCGCCCCGCGUGCCCUGCUCCUCCCGCUCGUCCCUCCGUCCGCCCGGAACCUGAGGGGUCUCCCCGCUCCGAGGGAGGGGAAGAGGGAGGCGGGGGCGUGCGGGCAUCGCGAUGGCGGGGACAUUUUCCACAACUUGAUUGUUAAACGAUUCCACCCCCCCCCCUUUCCUCAAAAUUCCGGGCCCUUCCAGCCUCCACCCUCCCCCAAGCCUGUGUGACUAAACCGAGACAAAGGGGAGGCGGCCUGGCUUACACGCGCGCUCGCGGGGCGGGUGACUCCGAGGGGCGCCGGCGCGGGGCGGACGCUCGCACGGACGCACGGACGGACGGACGGACGGACGGACGCGACGCCGCCACAUUCCUAUGCCCGGGAGGAGCGGUGGAGGUUCCGGCGGGAGGCUGCGGGCUCGCUGAGCAGAUAGCUGAGCUUCUCCCCAGUCGCCACCCGGGCGGGCCUCGCCCUGGCCCUGAUGGUUUGAUCUCGCCUCCCCUCCUGACCCUGGCGGCAGCGAGGCCACACCAUGUGAAGGUUAGAGCCGGAGCACCCCGAGGAGCCGCUGUGAAAGAUGGGGGAUGCCGCAGACCCCAGGGAGAUGAGAAAGACCUUCAUUGUUCCAGCCAUCAAGCCUUUUGACCACUAUGAUUUCUCCAGGGCCAAAAUCGCCUGCAAUCUGGCCUGGUUGGUGGCCAAAGCCUUUGGAACAGAAAAUGUGCCAGAGGAACUGCGAGAACCAUUUUAUACAGAUCAGUAUGACCAGGAACACAUCAAACCGCCUGUUGUUAAUUUGCUUCUAUCGGCUGAAUUGUACUGUCGUGCUGGGAGUCUUAUUCUCAAGAGUGAUGCUGCAAAACCCCUUUUGGGCCAUGAUGCUGUAAUCCAGGCUUUAGCGCAAAAGGGUCUUUAUGUCACAGACCAGGAAAGAUUGGUAACUGAACGAGAUCUCCACAAGAAACCUAUACAGAUGAGUGCCCAUUUGGCCAUGAUAGACACCCUAAUGAUGGCUUAUACUGCAGAAAUGGUCAGUAUAGAGAAAGUAAUUGCAUGUGCCCAGCAGUAUUCAGCUUUUUUUCAAGCGACGGAUCUGCCCUAUGAUAUUGAGGAUGCCGUCAUGUACUGGAUAAAUAAGGUAAAUGAACAUUUGAAAGACAUAAUGGAACAAGAACAGAAAUUGAAAGAACACCACACAGUUGAAGCUCCAGUAGGUCAAAAGUCUCCUUCCAAAUGGUUUUGGAAACUGGUUCCAGCUCGUUAUAGGAAAGAACAAACAUUGCUUAAGCAAUUGCCUUGCAUUCCACUGGUAGAAAAUUUGUUGAAGGAUGGUACAGACGGUUGUGCUUUAGCUGCCCUUAUUCAUUUUUACUGUCCUGAUGUUGUCAGAUUAGAGGAUAUUUGUUUGAAAGAAGCGAUGUCUUUGGCUGAUAGCCUGUAUAAUCUGCAGCUGAUUCAAGAAUUUUGCCAAGAAUAUUUAAACCAAUGUUGCCAUUUCACCCUUGAAGAUAUGCUCUAUGCUUCUUCAUCCAUAAAGAGUAAUUAUUUGGUGUUCAUGGCAGAGCUCUUCUGGUGGUUUGAAGUUGUGAAGCCAUCAUUUGUACAACCUCGUGUUGUUUGCCCACAAGAAGCUGAACCUGUGAAAGAUAUGCCUUCAAUUCCUGUUUUGAAUGCUGCCAAAAGAAAUGUCUUGGAUAACUCAUGUAGUUCUGACAUCAGUUCAAGUGGGGAAGGAGCUACAUUUCCACAGUCUCAUCAUCAUUUACCUUCUAGACAGUCACGUCCCCAAGCUGAUUCUUCAAUCUCAGGAGGAAUUAGAAGGUCUUCAUCUAUGUCUUAUGUUGAUGGUUUCAUAGGGACAUGGCCCAAAGAGAAAAGAUCAUCAGUGCAUGGAGUUUCAUUUGAUAUUUCUUUUGAUAAAGAAAAUAGUGUGCAGAGGUCUACUCCAAACAGAGGAAUUAUUCGUUCUAUUAGUAAUGAGGGACUUACUCUGAACAAUAAUCGUGUAUCUAAACACAUUAGGAAAAAUCUGUCCUUCAAGCCAGUAAAUGGAGAAGAGGAAGCAGAAAGCAUUGAAGAAGAACUUAAUAUGGACUCUCAUAGUGACCUCAAAUCUUACUUGUCCCUUAAUACAAAUGAACUAAACUCUAAUGAAAAUAUUCAUUACAAGCCUCCAAACGGAGCUUUGCAAAAUAGAAUGCUUCUAGAUGAGUUUGGCAAUCAGAUAGAGACACCAAGCAUUGAAGAAGCAUUACAAAUAAUUCAUGAUACUGAAAAAUCUCCCCAUACACCUCAGCCAGAUCAAAUUGCAAAUGGUUUUUUUCUUCAUAGCCAGGAAAUGAGUAUCCUAAAUUCCAAUAUCAAGCUAAGUCAAUCUAGUCCUGAUGACAGAACUGAUACAAAAGGUGGCUUGAGUCCCAUAACUGACAAUACUGAAGUAGACACUGGAAUUCAUGUCCCUUCAGAAGAUAUUCCUGAAACUAUGGAUGAAGAUUCCUCUUUGAGAGAUUAUACCGUAAGCUUAGACUCCGACAUGGAUGAUGCAUCUAAAUUUCUUCAGGAUUACGAUAUGCGAACCAACAACCCCCGAGAAGCUUUGAGUCCUUGUCCAAGUACUGUAAGUACCAAGUCUCAACCAGGCAGCAGUGCUUCUUCUAGUUCUGGAGUUAAAAUGACCAGCUUUGCUGAACAGAAAUUCAAGAAACUGAAUCAUACUGAUGGAAGAAGUAGUGGAAGCAGUUCUCAAAAAACUACACCAGAGGGUUCUGAACUUAAUAUUCCUCAUGUAGUUGCUUGGGCACAAAUUCCAGAAGAAACAAGUCUUCCACAAGGACGGGAUACUACCCAGCUGUUGGCUUCUGAAAUGGUGCAUCUUAGGAUGAAACUAGAAGAAAAGAGGCGUGCUAUAGAAGCCCAGAAAAAGAAAAUGGAAGCUGCUUUUACUAAGCAGAGGCAGAAAAUGGGAAGGACAGCAUUCCUUACUGUAGUGAAAAAGAAAGGGGAUGGGAUUUCCCCUCUUCGAGAGGAAGCAGCUGGUGCAGAAGAUGAAAAGGUAUACACUGACCGAUCAAAAGAAAAGGAAUCACAAAAAGCUGAUGGACAGAGGAGCAAGUCUCUGGCAGAUAUAAAAGAAAGCAUGGAGAAUCCUCAAGCCAAAUGGCCAAAGUCCCCAACCACACCUGUUGAUCCUGAGAAGCAGUGGAACCUCGCAAGCCCCUCAGAAGAAACUUUAAAUGAAGGGGAGAUUUUAGAAUAUACAAAAUCCAUUGAAAAGUUAAAUUCAUCUCUGCAUUUUCUACAACAAGAAAUGCAGCGCUUGUCCCUUCAGCAGGAGAUGUUAAUGCAAAUGAGAGAACAACAAUCUUGGGUGAUUUCACCUCCACAGCCCUCUCCACAGAAACAGAUUAGAGACUUUAAAUCUUCUAGGCAGACAGGCCUGUCCUCUCCCAUUGCACCGUUCUCUUCUGACUCCCCUCGUCCUACUCAUCCAUCUCCACAAUCUUCUAACAGGAAAACUACAUCUUUUUCUGUUAAAAAUCAAAGGACUCCCAGGCCAAAUGAAUUAAAAAUACCACCUUUGAAUCGAACCUUGACCCCCCCUCGGUCUGUAGAUAGUCUUCCUAGGUUGAGGAGGUUUUCACCAAGUCAGGUUCCUAUUCAGACCAGGUCAUUUGUAUGUUUUGGAGAUGAUGGGGAACCUCAGUUAAAGGAACCCAAACCUAGGGAGGAAGUUAAAAAAGAGGAAUUAGAAUCCAAAGGGACUUUGGAACAGCACAUACAUAAUCUAGAAGAAAAGGAAAUCAAACCUUUUGAGUCAACAGUUUCAGAAGUACUCUCACAGCCCAUCACAGAGACUAUAUGUUUAACACCAAAUGAGGAGCUACUGAAUCAAUCCACAGAACCACCUCCUAAACCUGUUUUCCCACCUACAGCUCCUAAAAAUGUUAAUCUAAUAGAAGUUUCCCUCUCAGAAUUGAAAGCCCCUGAAAAGGCUGAUGUAUCUGUUGAAAAAUAUGAUGGAGAAAGUGAUAAAGAACAAUUUGAUGAUGAUCAGAAAGUAUGCUGUGGAUUCUUUUUUAAGGAUGAUCAGAAAGCAGAAAAUGAUAUGGCAAUGAAACGGGCAGCUUUAUUGGAGAAACGAUUAAGAAGGGAAAAAGAGACUCAGCUUCGGAAACAACAGCUGGAAGCAGAAAUGGAGCAUAAGAAAGAAGAGACAAGGCGUAAAACUGAGGAAGAACGUCAGAAGAAAGAAGAUGAGAGAGCACGCAGAGAAUUUAUUAGACAAGAAUAUAUGAGACGAAAACAAUUGAAACUAAUGGAAGAUAUGGACACAGUAAUUAAACCCCGUCCUCAAAUAGCAAAACAAAAAAAACAGCGCCCAAAAUCUAUUCAUAGAGAUCAUAUUGAAUCCCCUAAAACACCAAUAAAAGGUCCUCCAGGGUCACGAAUUUAUCGUGUUUUUUCAGUCUCUAGCCUUUCUUUGGCAUCACUGAACACAGGAGAUAAUGAGAGUAUACAUUCAGGCAAGAGGACACCCAGAUCAGAGUCUGUAGAAGGCUUCUUAUCUCCAAGUCGUUGCGGCAGUCGAAAUGGAGAAAAAGACUGGGAAAAUGCAUCAACAACAUCUUCAGUGGCUUCUGGAACAGAAUACACAGGACCAAAGCUCUAUAAAGAACCCAGUGCAAAAUCCAAUAAACACAUAAUACAAAAUGCUUUAGCUCAUUGCUGUUUGGCUGGAAAAGUAAAUGAAGGUCAGAAGAAAAAAAUACUGGAGGAAAUGGAGAAGUCAGACGCCAACAACUUCUUAAUCUUGUUCCGGGAUUCAGGCUGCCAGUUCAGGUCUUUGUAUACUUACUGCCCAGAAACUGAAGAAAUCAAUAAACUGACUGGGAUAGGCCCUAAAUCUAUCACUAAAAAAAUGAUUGAGGGACUUUACAAAUAUAACUCUGACAGGAAACAGUUUAGCCACAUACCUGCUAAAACUUUAUCUGCCAGUGUUGAUGCAAUUACCAUACAUAGCCAUUUAUGGCAGACCAAGAGACCAGUAACACCCAAAAAACUUUUACCCACUAAGGCAUAGGAGUUGGGAAAUGUUUGCUUCAGAACAUUCAUGAUAAAUUUGCACUUCAUGUUUCCUGCCUAUAGAAAAUCUUUCUAAUUGCCAACAAGAUUUUAUUAAUUAAAACUGGACUUUAAGCUCUGUUGUCAUGAACAACUGGAAUGUAAACUACAGUAUUUUGGAGUGCAGAAGAUUCUCACUUUAGGUGAUAAGUCCAACUGAUGAAGGAAAUGUUUUGAUUCACAAGUGGAGAUUUGUACACGUUAGCAGGUUCACCUGCUUGAUGGCAGUUACACUGAAGCACUGAAUUGUCAUCUACACUAGUUGGACUUAUGGUUGAAAUAUGGCUGAGAUUACAGAUUAUGUGUUUUAUUUGUUGCUUCUUGUUUUUUAACCUUUUAAUGUAUAUGCUUGUCUUAAAUGGUUUAUUUUGCUAUUUUUUCUCUCCUGGGGGUUUAUUCUAAGAUACCUUUUUAUUGUGUUUCAUGUGGAGAUCAUGAGAGUAGGAAAUACACCUUCAGAAGAAACCUGCACCUUUCUUAUUGUGCUAAGAGAAACACUAGCUUUUAUUUUUACAUGUCAUAUUUUAAUGGUGUUAAAACUUUUGCAAAAAUCAUUCUGCCAAGUAUUUACAAUUCUGUAUUUAUUAUUUACUCAAGUAUUAACAUUUCUCUAUUAAAUAAGAGGAGGUGAUGUAAAGAGCUGCUAGUAGGUUCACUUUAAACCACAUGAGUUUUAACCAAGAAUAUGUUCUAAGAAAUUGCUGAUUAAAUCAGUGCUGUUUUCCCACAACUUCUGGCCAACUCAGAAUCAUUUAGAUUGCUCUUUUAAGGAAAAAAAAAACACAAGAUUUUCUAUCUCUUUUAAAGUAAGUCACUUUAUAAACUGCCAGAAGUGAAUGACACUUUGAGAGUAGUCUUUCAAUCUGACGAUGUAAGACUUU